AUGAGAAAAAUCCACACAUGCCCAGGGUCUACUUUGAUCCCUCCUUCGGGCGCGCGGCGUGCCCUCGUCAACAACCAAGAGAGAUAUGCAGGGGAAUGGAGGCCGCUCAAACUCAAUUUGUAUCCAAGCAACGAGACAGGAGCUCGCAGAAGCUGGGCAGGAAUCGAAGAAGGAGAAAAGAGGAGAGGAUGCUCGUCCAACCUGGCCUUCCACAAUACGAGACUCCCAGUCAUUCCCGGCCAAGACCCUUCUUCUUUUGGGGAAGGGGUCCCCGUCUUUGCCAUGCAGGACACAGCGAUCCCUCGAAUGGACGUAGUUGAGAGAAUCAGGUCUCAGACAUUUGCGUUUAGCUCCCAUCCUUUGGCAUGCAGCCUCUCUGCUCGGGGCAACGAAAUAAACUACCAACUGCCUAUUAUCCGUAUCUUGGAAGAAUCGAACCAAAGGCUGGGUAAUCUUGCAUCCUACCAAACCAACACAACACCACCUCGGCGUCGUCGGCGUCCAAGGCAUCAAAUCAUUACCAUUUACCACCCUCCUCCCGACACAACCGCGGGAUGGGUAGAUUGGGUCUCGCCCAUCUGA